ACACUGUGUUGUCAUAUCGGCGCUUCACUUGGUUGGUUGUGUGGUGCGCAUGCUCUGUUUAGUAGCCGGUUAUGGCGGCGGCGAUGUGUGUUUGUCCAUGAGGCGGAUGAGCGCGAGCUAUUCUCACCGACUGAACCUGAACGAAAGCAUUGAUGGCGGGUGUAUUCGACAUCGAUUUGGAUCAGCCGGAGGAAAAUGUCUCCGAAGAUGAGCUCGAGGAGGCUCAGAUCAACGAUUUCAUGGACCAGUGCAGCGGCUUUGAAUUCAAUAUGGACGACUGUGAAAAGAUUGAGAUAUCUGAGGACAACGUCAACCAAGGAAAAGAGAACAUCAGGCCGGAGUGUUUUGAGCUGCUGCGGGUGCUGGGAAAGGGUGGUUAUGGAAAGGUUUUUCAAGUUCGAAAAGUUGCUGGAGCAGCAUCGGGGAAGAUAUUUGCCAUGAAGGUUUUAAAGAAGGCUAUGAUUGUACGCAAUGCUAAGGACACGGCCCACACCAAGGCAGAGAGGAACAUUCUGGAGGAAGUGAAGCAUCCUUUCAUCGUGGAUCUCAUCUACGCCUUCCAGACGGGGGGCAAGCUGUACCUCAUCCUGGAGUACCUCAGCGGUGGAGAGCUGUUUAUGCAACUGGAAAGAGAGGGGAUUUUUAUGGAAGACACCGCCUGCUUUUACCUGGCAGAAAUUUCCAUGGCUCUGGGCCAUCUGCACCAGAAAGGCAUCAUCUAUAGAGACCUGAAGCCUGAAAACAUCAUGCUUAACAACCAAGGCCAUGUGAAACUGACUGACUUUGGGCUGUGUAAAGAGUCCAUUCACGGCGGCACAGUCACCCAUACUUUCUGUGGCACCAUAGAGUACAUGGCUCCAGAGAUCCUGAUGAGAAGUGGACACAACAGAGCAGUGGACUGGUGGAGUCUUGGAGCGCUUAUGUACGACAUGCUGACUGGAGCGCCACCCUUCACUGGUGAAAACAGGAAGAAGACCAUUGACAAAAUCUUAAAAUGCAAGCUGAACCUCCCACCCUACCUCACACAAGAAGCCAGAGAUCUCCUGAAAAGGCUUCUGAAGAGAAAUGCCUCAUCAAGACUUGGAGCAGGGGCUGGAGAUGCUACAGAGGUGCAGGCUCAUCCCUUCUUCCGACACAUUAACUGGGAAGAGCUCCUGGCCAGGAAAGUGGAGGCUCCAUUCAAGCCUUUCCUGCAAUCUGCUGAAGAUGUGAGCCAGUUUGACUCCAAGUUCACCAGCCAGACACCAGUAGACAGCCCAGACGACUCUACGCUUAGUGAAAGCGCCAACCAAGCCUUUCUGGGCUUUACGUAUGUUGCUCCAUCAGUACUGGAAAAUGUAAAGGAAAAGUUCUCGUUCGAGCCAAAAAUCCGCUCACCCCGACGGUUUUUGGGGAGCCCAAGAACACCAGUCAGCCCUCUCAAGUUCUCUGCCGGUGACGUGUGGCCCCGGGGCCCAUUGAUGCCCGGCGGAUCCUCUCUAUGUCUCCAGUCGCCACAGGAGCAGGUCAUGUAUGUGUCAACCCCAGAACAGAUGGAUGUGCAGGCCAGCUCUGAGGCCUCAGCCCCCCUACCCAUCCGCCAGCCUACUGGGUCCAACCUGUCCCAGUUCAAACAACAGGCCUACCCCGUCAUGGCCAAGAGGCCCGAGCAUUUACGCAUGAACCUAUGACCAGCAGCUCAUCUUAGAGGAUUUUUUUUCUUUGUUGAUAAUAAUUCUUUAUUUUUUAAGAUAAGGACACUAGAGACGAUGAAACUCUAAAUUUCACUUCUACACACACACCAUCACUACCUGAAGUAUCCCCAAGGCUGUAACCUCCAGUGUGCUGCAGCUGAGCUCGGCAGACUCGGCCACUCCCUCAGGUCCCCUUGACCUCUGCAGCCUGACCCCUAACAGGACUGGACCAGCGGGACGGGGCAUCACUAUGGAUAUUUAACUUUUUUUUUUAUUACUCCAUCCUACCACAAAAAAAAAGGAAUGAGAUAAAACGUAUCAAAUGUGACCCAUCACAAUUCACAGUAACGUGCUGUAUAUAAAACAUCAUCCAAAGUCCUUCAUGUUAGAUGAUUAACUGCUGAUGAGGAAUGAAUUGCUUCCACUGAACACGUGAGAGAUUUGACAGUAUUUCAUGAAGGUUGCUUCCUGGCUCAGGAUGAAAUCAUACAAAUGAUUGUUAAUUGAAAACAUAUAUGAUUGGGAGGGGUAUCAAUAAGCUGAGUUUCUGAAUAUAGCUUUAUGUCUUAAGUAUUUUACAAAAGGGAUGCAUCUACUGUGCUAUAUCAAUUCAUGAGGGCCUCAAUAAAAAUACAUGUUUACUUUUUACAUUUUGAAUUACUAA